GUCAAAGGUGGAGUGGAAGACGGUAUUGUUUGCUUCUUUUACACGCAUAGAUGAUGUAAGCAGAUCACAAAAACUUUGCUUUAUUCUGUUGCAAACUGCAGGAAAACACAUAAAAUCUGCAAAAGCUGCCAGAUACCAAAAAACUAUGAUCGCUAUAUCUUGUGUAUUCGUGUUAGUCUUGCAUGAAAUAUCCGCCAAAGAUUUUCAUUUUAUUGACCAGUUGUUGAAGUAUGGGCGUUAUGAUAAAAGAGUCCGACCGCUAGCAGGGCAACACCCGGUGAAUAUAACGAGUCAAAUUACAAUCACUUCACUGGCUGCAAUUAACGAACAAACAUUCACAUUUAAAGCGGAGUUUUAUUUUCGACACUGGUGGAACGAUCCACGCCUUGUUCAGAACGUGACAUCAGAACCUCUUACCAGUAAUACACCACCUGAAGACUUGCUAUGGACUCCUGGGCUAUCUCUAGUGAACGCACACGAUGUACAAACGAUGGCAACCGCUGUUCGGACUAUCAUAAGCUCGAAUGGAGAUAUAUAUUUGAGCAGAAGAUUUGAAGCUGUUUGUACAUGCACAAUGGAUCUUAAAUACUACCCAAUGGACACUCAAGUAUGUCCUAUCAAAAUCGAGAGCUAUGCUUUUACAAGGAAGGAUAUGAGAUUGUUUUGGCAUGCGACACCUGUUGUAUCUUUAUCUCCUAUCGAGACAUCUGGAUAUACUGUUGAGAAGAUGUACGCCACAAGACAAAAUGCAGGACAAAUGAUAGGAGAUGUCGAUGAAGCAUACGACAAUUUAAUCGUCAAAUUCAAAGUGAAGCGAACUUUUUUAUAUUUUGUUUAUCGUAUCUACAGUCCAACAAUCCUCCUACUGGUGUUCAACCUGGGUUCAUAUUGGAUCCCCGCAUCAGCUGUACCAGCACGUGUUACUUUGAUUGUAACUACGUUUCUAGCGAGUACGUUUAUCCUACAGAGUGUGAGUGAGCAGACAGUGAAGGUUCCGUACACAACACCAAUGCAGUUGUUUUUAUUGGUGAAUAUAGUGUUUAUCGUCUUUGCAAUUGUAGAGUACGUGGUAAUAUUGUAUUUUAUGAUGGAGGAGAAAAAGAAGAAGAGAGAGAAAAAAGAAAGAAAGGCUCUGUUUACCAAAUUAAAACAAAUCAAACCAACCAUAAUGGGUCAAAAUAAGGCAGAGAAAACAAAUCCUGUUAUGGAAGAUAAACCGAAGACAGACCUGAAAGAUGAGGAGGGAACAAAAAGAAGUGUAGACGAUAAAGAGCAAGAAAAGGAGGAGAAUUUCUCUUUCUACAACAAAGUUGAUAUCGGAGCACGUGUAAUUGUGACUUUUUUAUAUGUCGUGUUCUGUUGCACGUAUUUUAUUUAUUAUCUAUAUUUUACUGACCAGUAAACCCGCUUUAAUCAUAUCACGUGUUUUUUGCUUUACAUUUUCCGUCCUAAAUAACUAAAAUUUACUGUUUCCUUACAUUCGCACCAUUUAUGUUGCAGCUUAUCUGCUGCACAACAACAUGCUUAUCAAACUUGUAGUUGUAGUGUGUGGUAGGCCUUAUUUUGUGAUAUCUAACGUUUGGCUUUUUAAUUAAGGGAAUUUAUUUCACGUUUUAAUGGCGACAGUUUUCUUACAGUCACCUUCGCAUUUCGUAAUUUAAACUAUUUUUUCUGUAACUGUUUUAGCUGACAUGGAAUUAACCGAAAAGUCACAUUAACCAUAUACAGAGCAGAUCGAAAGAGUUACUUAAACAUGAGCGCAUUUGAUUUUAACGACACCCUUAACAGAAAAUUAUUAGCAAACAAACAAACAAACAAACAAACAAACAAACAAACAAACAAACAAACAAACAAACAAACAAACAAACAAACAAACAAACAAACAAACAAACAAACAAACAAACAAACAAACAAACAAACAAACGAACAAACAAACAACAACGAUUAAG